GCUCUCUCCAGCACAACUCGUCCUCUGAACGGCUAGCAAAGAGCAGGAAAGAGGCAUCAUUGCGCAGAGAAGAUAGUCGAGAGCACAGCCGGCUGAUCAAGUGUGCGAACGGCACGAAGGCGCAAGCGAGCAGGCAUAAAUUGACGGUGCGCGGAGGACGGGAAGACCGUGUGCAGGCACACUUUUUCUGUUCGGCCCUCGCCUUUUCGAUCGAUCGUGGAUUGUGGCUGGCAGGUCGCCCCAUCCCCGACGUCAACCCUUCUCUUUCACUUUCCAUAUCUUCGCCCACGCACCCCGUCGCUCCUUCGUCUCAUACCCCCUCCCUGGCUACUGUACCGCUCAUCUAACGACCCCUCAUGUCCUCGACUAGCGCGUCGAACGCGACGAGCGCGUCGACGUCGACGUUCAUCACUGCGCUCGUCUUCAACGCUGCGGUCUUCGGUAUCGAACUCGGCAUCUUCACCCUCGUCCGUCCCUUCUUCCCCGCGAUAUACCAGCCGCGGACGUACAUCCCCAAGAAAACUCGCCGCGCGGCUGAACUCUCCAAGAACAUCCUCCUAUGGCCAUGGGCUGUGUUCAAUGCAAACUACCAUGAAAUCCGUUCCAAGACGGGAAUGGACGCCUACUUCUUCGUGCGCUUCUUGCGCAUGAUGGUACGGGUUCUUGUUCCCAUCUGGCUCGUUUCGUGGGCCAUCCUUCUCCCCGCCACCGGCGUUCGCUCGGACCCCGGCACCCUUACCGGCCUCGAUCGUUUCACUUUCGGCAACGUUCCCCCCAACCAACAAUCUCGCUACGCCGCACACAUUAUCCUUGCAUGGUUUUUCACUAUUUGGAUUGGGUGGAACGUCCGCCACGAGAUGAAGCACUUCGUUACUGCCCGCCAGAAGUGGCUCAUCGAACCCGAGAACGCGUCAUCCGCGAUGGCGAGCACUGUGCUCAUCACCGGUGUACCGCGGCACUACCUCACCGAGGCCGCACUCACCAAGCUGUUCUCGCACCUGCCCGGUGGCGUUCGCAAGGUUUGGCUCAACCGGGACCUGAAAGAUAUGCCGGACAUCUAUGAGCGUCGGUUGGCUGCGGCCAAGAAGCUCGAGUCCGCGGAGGUCAACCUCGUUAACACGGCCGUUAAGCUUCACAACAAGAAGCAGAAGGCAGACGUGAAGGCCUCGAAGAAGGCAGGCAAGGGCGACCAGCGCAUGUCUAUGGAUACUGCGAACGAUGCUCGCCCGCUCACGGCCCCCAGCAUCGUUGACGCCGAGCAGGGCGAAGUCACCCUCGCCGAGAAGCUCGUCCCGAAGAACAAGCGCCCCUCUCACCGUCUGCCUGUAGCCUCUUGGAUGCCGUUCUCGCUCCCGCUCAUGGGCAAGCAGGUCGACACGAUCGAGUGGGCUCGCCAAGAGCUGACUGAGACCAACCAGCUCCUGCACGAGGCGCGCCGCCAACUUGCACGCGACGUUACGACAACCUCGAACAUCCCCGAGGCGAACACCAACCACCCGGAUGCGCUCAAGGCCGACCCUGGCUCCGCGCAGAUGUACCCCGCGCUGAACUCCGCAUUCAUCCUCUUCAACAACCAGAUCGCGGCGCACAUGGCUGCGCAGGUGCUCACGCAUCACAUGCCGUACAGGAUGGCCACCAAGACCGUCGGCGUCUCUCCCAAGGACGUCGUGUGGAGCAACUUGAACAUGAACCCGUACGAGGCGCGCAUUCGCACCGCUAUCAGCUGGGCUAUCACUGUCGGCUUGAUCAUCGUGUGGGCUAUUCCUGUCGCGUUCAUUGGUGUGGUGUCGAACGUCCACUCGCUGUGCGCUACGUACAGUUGGCUGGCAUGGCUCUGCGAUCUCCCUCCCGUCAUCGUUGGCAUCAUCUCCGGUAUCCUUCCUCCUGCGUUGCUCGCGGUCCUCAACAUGCUGCUUCCCAUCAUCCUGCGCUUGCUUGCACGCUUCCAAGGAACUACGCAGCGGACGACGAUCGAGCUUAGCUUGAUGUCGCGGUACUUCCUGUUCCUCGUGAUUAACUCGUUCCUUGUCGUCACUCUCUCGUCCGGUAUCAUCACCGCGCUCCCCGACCUUGUCAAGAACCCCAACGGGAUUCCUGCCCUGCUCGCUAAGAACCUUCCUAAGGCGUCGAGUUUCUUCCUCACGUACAUCGUGCUUCAAGGAUUGUCCGGUACCGCAGCCGGCUUCUUGCAGGUCGUCCCCCUCGUUCUGUACUACGUGAAGCUGUUCAUCCUUGGAUCUACCCCUCGCUCGAUCUACAACAUCAAGUACACGCUCCGCUCCGUAGCAUGGGGCACACUAUUCCCUUCGAUCACCUUGCUCGUCGUCAUUACUAUCGCAUACAGCAUUAUCUCCCCGAUCAUCAACGGCCUCUCAGCGGUCAUGUUCUUCCUGUUCUACCAGAUGUAUAAGUACCUCUUCAUCUGGCAGCUCGACGGACAGCAGGUUGGCGAGACGGGUGGCAUGUUCUUCCCCCGCGCUAUCCAGCACGUCUUCGUCGGCAUGUACCUCCAGCAAAUCUGCCUCGCCGCUCUGUUCUUCCUCGCUCAGGACGACAAAGGCAAACCGAGCGGUGUCAUUGAGGGCGCGCUGAUGAUUGUCCUGAUCGUGUUCACCAUCUUCUUCCACAUGAUUAUCAACAACUCGUACGGCCCCCUGAACCACUACCUCCCUCUCACGCUCGCGGACUCGACGUUCUCGACGGACCCGAACGCGGCCGCCGCUGCGCAGGAGCUCGACGACCAAGCCUCGUACAAGGAAGGCGACGCCGAGAACGGCGAGAAGCGCAUCGCGCGCAAGCGCAUCAGCCCCUCACGGUCGAUUGACUCUCAGUCCUCGGGUGCCGCCACGCGCGGCAAGGCCAUGGGCGUCUCGACGGUCGAGGACACCGCGACCCCCGGCAGCCCGGGCAUCGAGCAGGACGAGGAGGAGGAGGAUACCCCAAAUUCGAUUACUGGGGUGGACGAGGACGCGGGCCCGAAGGACUUCUACCACCCGGCGAGCGUGGAGCCGCAGCCGACGAUCUGGCUGCCGCGCGACCCGCUCGGGCUCGGGGAGGCGGAGGAGCGCGCGAACCGCGCGGCGGGCAUCAAGGUGUCGACGGUGGACGCGGUCAUGGACGGGAAGGGGCACGUCGAUAUCUCGGGGCCGCCGCCCGACCUCGUGCUGUGAUUCUGCGAUUCUGAGGAGCGCGAGUGUUUGGUUAGAGACUGAGACUGUUGCGUGAUCGUGUUACAUUACAACUAUCAUCGUGUAUUACUAGUAGUGUUCCUAUGAACGAUGGCCUGGCGAGUUUGUGCACCGCGCGCGUGUCUGGCUGGGGUGCCGGACGCGCGAGCUUAUACCACUCUUUCCCGUGUAGGGUCCUUUUAUAUACACCUGCAAUUCGAGUUGCUUCCUUC